CAUUACAAUGGACCGGAAACUGAAACCAUUUUAAAACAUAAGUGAAAGUGCUGUGAACACUUUCAUGCUUAAAAACGCUCGUAUUAGUGUUUUCAGUCCUUUGGCCUUUUUGAGGAAUGUUCAAAGACUCUUUCAUGAGGCACGAUGCCAAAGAUUCUUCUCAGUGGAUGUUUGUUUACCCUUCUGGCUUUUUCAUCUCAUCUUCACGUGUGUGCGAACGAGUGUGUGACAGCGGUGUUUGCCAAACGUAAGAACAUGUACGUAGCCGAAGGUGGCAGCGUGUCUAUAUCGUGUGAUGUCCAGCACUGCAAACAGAAGUGGACAGGAGGUUGGGGGGUUAGACAAAAAUAUUUCACUUUCCUUAACACGUCUCAACGAGUCCACAUUUCUAACGGCGAAAUCUCACACGACGUCACACGCCUCAUCCUCACCAUCCGCAAUCUCAACCAGUCAGAUUCUGGGCUGUACCAGUGCAACAUCAACUGGGGGGCAUCCAGCAGCCAGGGGCAUGUCAUACAGGUCAAUGUGACUGAAGGCAGCGCUGAACAAUUCAUGCCUGAAUCCACAGGGAGGAAACUUUCUUACAGGUUGUUGGUUUGUGCUGCGGCCAGUCUGUGUUUCCCAUUGGCUUUGGCUCUGGCGUAUUGUUUUUCCUCUGACGUCCAGCCUCCUCCCCCUGUUCCUCCUCCACGCUCCCGAAACAGCUCCACAGCUCGAGUUAAACCAAAAGCUGAUGUGGUGUACACAACGUUGACUCUGAAUGAUCCCAGACAGCAGAGCGCCGCUCAAGCGACGAAGAAAGCGACGGCAGUCGUUUACUCAACACUGUCCUUCUCCGCUGUUUGAACCUAUCAGGAAAACGUCAAAUAAAAUACAUUCAUGCUGUGA